UAUAACGUGAGAGUAGCUUUGUUAUUCUCUCAUUACCCUAUCAACCCUAAGUAUUCUCUCUCUAUCAUAAUCAUUAUCACCAUAUCAUCAUAAUCAUCAUCAUUACACUGCACCAUCAUGUCAUCCUCCUCAAACAAAAACUGGCCAAGCAUGUUCAAAUCCAAACCUUGCAACAAUAAUCAUCAUCAUCAGCAACAUGAGAGUGGUUCUCCAUCUUACAUGCACUACUCUAAUUGCAACAUAUCUUCUUCCUUCUCCUCAGAUCGUGUACCAGAUCCUAAACCGAGAUGGAACCCUAAACCUGAACAGAUUCGGAUACUCGAAUCAAUCUUUAAUUCUGGUAUUGUUAACCCACCGAGAGAGGAGAUCCGAAGGAUCCGGAUCCGGCUUCAAGAAUACGGUCAAAUCGGCGACGCAAACGUGUUUUACUGGUUUCAAAACCAGAAAUCUCGAGCAAAACACAAACUUCGUGUUCAUCACAAAAGCCCUAAAACGUCAAAGAAAGACAAGAUCAUAAGUCCUGGUAUCGAUGCUGAUCAUUGUUUUAGUUUGGUUCACCAAGAAACCGGUUUAUUUCCGGUUCAAAACAAUGAAAUGUUGGUAACCCAACCUGCCGGUUAUCCAUCCUCCGUUCAAAAUGAUCUGAGCGUGGCUCAAUCAGGGUUUGGUUUUGGUGAUUUUGUUGUACCGGUGGUAAGGGAAGAAGGUGUGGCAUUCCCCGAGAAUGAUGAAAGCUUGGAUAAGAUUCCGGCAAUCAAUUUUUACGGUGGAGAUGGAAAUGGCUGUGGUGGAGAUUGUUUUUCUCCUCUUCCAUUGACCACAAAUCAAUCUCAAGAACAAGCUAUAGUAUUUCAUGGUGGUGAAAACGUUGAAGAUUGUGUUUCUCCGGAUAAAUUGACCGUAUUUAUUAACGACAUGCUUUUCGAAGUGGUUGCGGGAUUGUUCAACGUUAAGGAAGCUUUUGGAAACGAUGCUAUUUUGAUCAACUCUUUUGGUCAGCCUAUUUUUACAGAUGAAAAUGGUGUUACUUUUCAAUCUCUCCAAAACGGUGCCGUAUAUUACCUUAUAUAGAGGAUAUUGAAGAUCGAGUGUUAUCGUAGACAAAUAUAAUCAUAUUUUAAUAAAGAAUUUCUGUG